AGAAGUAUUUGCUUCACUUCAGCGUUGUACUUGCCAUGUCAACCUACUCUACGCCGCGGUCUCGGGCGUCCACCGCCAAGGUCGACACCUCGCACGCUGCCACCUACGACAAGGGCCAGUACGACAUCACCGACGUGAACUGGCGCAACAUCGAGACCCGCUUCAAGGAGCUCAUGGCUCUCAUGGACACCCCUGCGACGGGCGUGAAUGCGCUGGAGGUGCGAGCGGUCAACCGGCAGCGUAUCGGUGCCGCCAUAGCGGCCUUACUCAACAAAGCACAGGAAGGAUGCCGGCUGCUACUGUUAGAAGGCGACGCUGAGGCCGCCGAAAAGGCUGGUGUGAAGGUGCUGCGCUUACGCGAGCGAUUUUACAAGCCAAACCACAUUGAGCUCAUCCCGGCCUAUCUGCACUUAGCCCGCACGAAGCAGUUUCUCGAGCUCUACGGAGACGCCGAGGACAUGCUGUCGCUGGCCCAGUACAUCAUGCUGAAGCACCCAAACGAUGUGACGGUGACCAUGAAGGCGGACUUACACCAAGCGUUUGGUCUGCUAUACGCAACGGACGGCAAGUUGGAGGCGGCGGUGAAGCAGCUGAGCUGUGCCACUUACUACCUCUCCCUACUGCACGGCCCCCAGCACGUCCUCACCACCUUCAGCUACUUCGACCUGGGCAACGUCUUCGCGGCGAAGGCGAGCAUGGAGAGUGCGAUGUCGAUGUACGAUGCGGUGAAGGAGAUUUGGUACACGCACCUCAUCGCCGCUCUCGAUGACGUCGUGGCACGGCGGGCAGAGAUGCAGUCGCAGCUCAAAUACAGUGAUCAUGAGCGGGAGGCGGAGCUGCGGCACGCGUGCUAUGCAACGGCGCACGCCUUUGGCAGGGAAAACAUGAUGGAUGCGUCGAAGAUGCUGCACGGGAUCUGCCGCAUUCAAGAAGAACGCUUUCAACAGGAGCACCCCAGCCCGGUGCGCGCGCAAUUUGUCCUCGGUCUUUUUCUGCUGUGGAUGGAGGACGAGGAGGAGGCGCAGCGGUACUUGAGCACGGCACGGAAGGGCUUGCAGCGCUUUUAUGGUCCCCGCCACCCUAUCGUGUGUGAGAUCGAGGAGUGGUGCGACAAGUUCGGUCUGUCUUACGCAGACGACGUCGAAGCCGACGAUGGCACGGAUAUGGAAGCCGCGGAGACGUCCACAGUUGACGGUGAGCCCAACGAGCCUGCUAUCAAUGCACAAUAA